AUGAUUUCUCCAGUCCACAGGAGACUUGGAGGCCAUCUGCCAAUGCCUGUCUUCAACUCUUCAACCAUGCUCAUGCUGCGUCUGAAGAUCUCAGCCAAAGUCUGCCCUCUCCUGCACUCAGUCACCACUGUCUCCUUCUCCACUUCCGCCUCCGCCUCCCCUUCCAUCUCCACCGUCGAUCUCCUCGACUCCUACACCGUGACCCCACCAAUCCAACCCUGGCCCAGACGCCUCCACCCAAAGCGCCUCAUCUCCCUCAUCACUCGCGAACCCAACCUCGACCUCGCCCUCCAAAUCUUCCACCACGCCUCCAAAUUCCACCCUGGCUUUUCCCAUAACUACCACACCUACCACGCCAUCCUCAACCGCCUCUCUCGUUCCCGCGCUUUUCACCCCAAAAUCGACCCGCUCCUCUCAGACCUCAGCAACUCCGGCAUCAAAUGCUCUGAAGACCUCUUCAUCACCCUCAUUCGCAAUUUCGGCGUCUUGGGUCGUCCCAAGCUCUCCUUCAAGACCUUCCUCGACAUUCCAAAGUUUGGAGCUCAACGCUCUGCCAAGUCCCUGAACGCCUUGUUGAACGCUUUGGUUCAGAACCAUGAGUAUGGUUUGGUCCACUCCGUGUUUAAAAAUUGUGGGCAGAGAUUUGGGGUUAGGCCCAACGUGUUCACUUGUAAUAUACUGAUCAAGGCGCUUUGCCAAAAGGGUGAUGUUGAGACUGCACUCAAGGUGCUCGACGAAAUGCCUGCAAUGGGGUUUGUCCCGGAUGUGGUGACUUAUACCACGGUUUUAGGAGGGUAUGUUUUGCGGGGUGACAUGGUUGGCGCCAAGAGGGUUUUCGGGGAGGUUUUGGAUAGAGGGUGGCAUCCGGAUGCGACUACUUACACCAUUUUGAUGGAUGGGUUUGUUAAGCAAGGGAAGUUGGUUGAUGCUGUGAAGGUCAUGGAUGAGAUGGAGGAAAAUAAGGUUGGCCCAAAUGAGGUGACUUAUGGGGUUAUGAUUGAAGCUUAUUGUAAGGCAAAGAAGUCGGGUGAAGCGGUUAAUUUGCUUAAUGAUAUGCUUGAGAAAAGGUAUAUACCGAGUUCGGCGCUUUGCUGUAAGGUGAUUGAUAUUUUGUGUCAUGAAGGGAAGGCGGAGGACGGUUGUGAAUUGUGGAAGAGGCUUUUGAAGAACAACUGCACACCCGAUAAUGCAAUCUCGAGCACGGUCAUAUACUGGCUUUGUAAGGAGGGGAAAGUAUGGGAAGCCAAGAAAUUGUUUAAUCAGUUUAAGACGGAUUUGAUUCCCAGUGUCAUGACGUACAACAUGCUUAUUGCGGGACUGUGUGAAGUGGGGGAGCUGUGCGAGGCAGGGAGGUUGUGGGAUGACAUGGUUGAGAAAGGAUGUGCUCCGAAUGCUUUUACAUAUAAUAUGUUGAUCAAAGGAUUUUGUAAAAUUGGAAAAGCAGAGGAGGGGAUUAGGAUUUUAGAGGAGAUGCUGGAUAAAGGUUGUUUGCCCAACAAGUCUACUUAUGGCAUGUUGAUUGAGGGGCUCUGUGACUUGGGGAAGGAAGCUGAAGUCACAAAAGUGAUUUCAUUGGCAAUGUCAAAUGGAGACAUUGAGAGUGCUUCGUGGGAUCUUUUGCUUACUAAGUUUGUAGGUGAUUUGGAUACUGGGGGAGCUGUUAUGGACAAAAUACUUGUGGAGAAUGUUAAUUAG